AAAAAACUCCUCUCUUUUAUUAAUAAAUAUCUAUUGUAAAGUUUGUGUGAUUUCCACUGUGUUUUUAUUUUGCUUAUUAAAAUAUUUCAAUUAGGUUAAAAUUAAUUUCCCUGAUCUGUUCAAUAACGUGAAAUCUUUGCCCUUUUCUCUACAAUUACCAUCCGUGAUGCUCUAAGUUUCUUUAAAGAGUCUGAUGUGCAAUUCAACAAGCCUAAAACAAUCUUAUGUUGACUAGAAAACCAUAACAGUGAAUUUUUUAAAUUUAAGGUUUUGUGAGAGAGAGGGGAAUAGAUUAGAAUUGAAGAAGACAAAGAGAGAGGUGAGAGAAGAAAGGUAUUGUGAAAAGAUUGAAGAAAGAGAAAAACAAGGAGAAAUAGAAAGGUGAGAAGAAAGGAUAAGAGAGAGAAAGAGAGAUAAGCGUAUGUGAGAGAGAAAGAAGGAGAGAUAGAAAUUUGAGACUGAAAUAAAGGAUGUCAAAUGAAAGCAAUGAGAAUGAGAAUGGUGAAUGUUUCAGUUCCCCUCAAGAUGAAACACAGUUGAAGGCUUUUGGCUUGGAAGAGAGUAGUGAAGAGAUUUGUGAUAAUAAUUGUCUUUUACCUGAUGUAACUGUUGUUAAAUCAAACAAAUCAACCAGCUUAACAUCUCAAAGUGAAAGAGAAUUGAGAGAAUCUCAGCCCUUAUUGAAAAGAAUGGAUCCUGAUGUUGUUUCCAUAAACAAUGUGUUCGCCGAUGAUCCAGAAUUUACAUCAAUAGUCAAAGAAGCUGAGACUGCCAUUGAAGCUGCUAUCUAUCCGGAAAGGAUUUCAAAAGGAUCAAGUGGAUCUUAUUUUGUCAGAAAUUGCCAACUGAAAAGAAUAGGUGUGUUCAAACCCAAGGAUGAGGAACCAUACGGAAGGCUAAAUCCUAAAUGGACCAAAUGGAUGCACAAAUUGUGUUGUCCUUGCUGUUUCGGCAGAAGCUGCCUAGUCCCAAAUCAAGGCUACCUUUCGGAAGCCGGAGCUUCACUUGUUGACCAAAAGUUACAACUAAAUAUAGUCCCUAAAACGAAAGUUAUCAAGUUAGCAAGUAAAACUUUUAAUUACACAGCAAUUGACAGAGCCAAAGCACGUACCAAACAAAACCUUUCUGAAAGAUAUCCUAACUUGGGCAGACGCUUCAACAGAAUCGGUUUACCGACCAAGGUUGGCUCAUUUCAAUUAUAUGUACAUGGCUACGAAGAUGCAUCAGUAAUGCUUAGACAAUUUAUGGAUAACCCAUUGCCUGAAAGUGUCCAGCGAGAGUUUCAACUACAAUUUGAAAGAUUAGUUGUUUUAGAUUAUAUAAUCAGGAAUACUGAUAGAAAUCAUGAUAAUUGGCUGAUUAAAUACAAUAAGCCCGAUGAAAAAAAAGGUUCAGAAUCAUGGAAUCAAAAAAAGGAACCUUCUGUCAAAAUAGCAGCCAUCGACAAUGGUUUAGCCUUUCCUUUCAAACAUCCAGAUGAAUGGAGAGCUUAUCCUUACCAUUGGGCUUGGUUACCUUACUCUAAAGUUCCUUUCUCUAAAGAGAUUAAAGACCUUAUUCUGCCUCAACUAUCAGAUAUGAAUUACGUUCAAGAGCUUUGUGAUGAGAUGUAUGAACUUUUCAAAACUGAUAAAGGAUUCGACCGAAAUCUUUAUGAAAAACAAAUGUCAGUUAUGAGAGGACAGAUUCUCAAUCUGACUCAAGCUUUGAAGGAAGACAAAAGUCCGGCUCAGCUCGUUCAAAUGCCUGCUGUACUUGUUGAAAGGUGUCGAGAAACUCCCGGAGGUAACCAUAAAAAAAGAAUAAGAGUAAUGGCUGACCAAUUUACUCAAAGAUUCCAAAAUCGAGCUCCUUUCUUUUCAUGGUGCUGAUCUAUAAAUAUUUUGAGUGUGAUAUAUUCAAGAUUGUUGUAACAUAAGCAUUUGCAUUCAUGUACGCGAAAGCGUAUCUUGGACUAAAUUUCAACCACUAAUUCAUUCAAGAUGAUAAUCAGCUAUUAAAUUCCAUCAUAAUCACAUCCAAUCAUGUUUUCCGUCUAACGAAAUUUGAAAUGUGACUCAAAUUAUCCAAAAUGAAUAAAUUAUGGAAGUAUCUUCAAACAUUUGCACAAAAAAUUGCAUUCCAAUCACGAAAAUUAAGGGAACAAAUUAAUUUUGUGGUAAAGAAUAACCCAUCGCUAUGAAAAAGCAACUGGAAGGAUCUCUUUUCAAAACUAAUUUGUGGACAUUUCGUUUAAUAUCAAGUGUUUUAUUAUCAAAGAAAUGUACCUUUCUGUGUGUUGGAUAAAAACAAAAAUCAAAGCCCAUCACAAGUUCUUACCAUUGUAAAAUACGUUUAAUUUUUAUUGUCAAUCAAAAGUGAAAUUUUUUUCCUUCUGUGAUACUCUCAAACAUAGAUAAAUGAAGAAGAUAAAAUCAUCAAUGCUAAUUAUCUUGUCAUCACUCUCUUCUCCAUUUGACAUUGAUAUCAAAUUGUUCAUCCAACGAAACAAAACUAAAAAUGUAACCCAAAAUUUUUUUAAAACAAAAAUUCUCUCACUCUUAAUUGUAAAUCAAUGCAUCAGCUUAUUGUCUUAUUAUCCUUUACUGCUAUUGCUAUCUGCUUAUCCUUACAUGCUCAAGGAUUAAUUAAAUCAAAAGUAAAUUUAUUUCAUUUUUA